GCCCUGCUGGACAGCUGCAUGCAACAGGACACCGUGGCGCUGGCGGAGACGUCGCGUGACCAGCUCGCCUCCUGCCAGCAGCAGCUCGUGGGCAUGUUCCAGGCCCAACAGGAGCACGUCGCCAAGUCGCUCGCUGCCCACGCCCGAGAUGUUGCCAAAGUUGGAGAGCGAGCAGGCGCCCUGGCCGAAGAGAAACGGCGGAUGCGGGCCCAUAUCGAUGACAUCGAGAAGACGCUCGCCAUGGCCGAGAAAGAGAUCCCGAUCAUCGACUUCCAGGCGCUUGAGGCGUGGUCCAGGCUCCCCGACGCGAGGGUCUUCUCCGUGGGCGCACCUGAACUUGUCGGCCCUGUGCAAGUGCGCGCUGGCAUCUCCGACUGGCUCACAGCUGCUGGCCUCGACAAUAGCAUGGUCCGCCUCGACUCCUCCGUCCCCAGCACGCGCUUCAACAUUGUCGUGGAGGGCGGACUGGACGUCGCCAUCCCGCGUGCUCAAGCGCUGGCUCGACAUCUGCGUAACCCUGCUGCUCCCAAUCGAUGGCGCUCCUUCCAGUGCCAAACGGUUGGCGGUGGCUCUGUCCCGCUCUACGUUUCUCCGGACAAAUCCCCGCAGCAAGUUCGGAUGGAAAUCCAAACGAGCCUUCCCGUCAGCAUCCUCAGUGAAGGGGUCCCUGGCCAGGCCUUCAGCGCCCAGCGGGCUCGUGGCAUCAUAGCAUCCCAGGGCGUCAAGUUGGCCAAACUCGAGAUGGGCGACCGUCGGGAAGCGGACACCACCAUCCGCUGGAACAUGGACAUGGUCUCGCGGCUGGCCAUCGACAGGGACGCGAUCGUCGAGCGGUUCAAGAAGGCCUUCUCGCUGGAGGACCAUGGUCGCUCUCGCGGGCUGCAUUUGGUGGCGUGGAACGCCAAAGGCCUGCCCCACCCGAACCCGCCGCUUCGGCGCCGCAAGCUGGCGCUCCUGAGCUCUCACAUGCGGGCGGGCGCCAUGAUCCUCGUCCAGGAAGUCCACCGAUCCGAGGAUGCGCUGAGGAUUUUCUGCAUGAUACAGCCGCAGCGCUACCUCUCGUUCCUGGCGGCUGGCUCUUCCCCUGGCGUCGGUGGCGUCGCCCUCCUGGUCCCGCAGUUGCCCGUGGCCCCCUCGCCUGGGGCAGCCCCCACAUUAUCCUUCGACAUCGUGAUCCCUGGCAGAGUCGCCCUCCUCAGCGUCGUCGACCCCUCGUCGCAGCGCAGCAUCGAGCUCAUGAACGUGCACCAUUUCGACUUCUCAGAUGGCGACUUCGCCGCGGUGGAGGCGGCCUGGAACGACGCUCUUGCCUGGGCCGCGGACGACCACUUGAGGCGCAUCUUCAUCGGGGCGGGUGGCUUCAACAUCGCGGACCGCCCUGCAGCUUCGCAGCGGUCUCCUGUGGCAGAGGCGCAAUGGCCCACCCGCUUCGACAAGGCCAGCCAGCAGCUCUCGGUCAUUGACCGCAUCUUCUUGGGAAUCGACGCGCGUGCGAUGCUCUCCGUCUCCACGCGCCUCGCGAGCGCUUGCGACGCGAUGGAGUUGUCGGAGCUCGGCCUUAGUGGCCAUGCGCCCCUCGUCUUGCAGAUCGAGAUGGCCCGACGCGUCCCUCGCGAGGAGCAGGCGAUCCCGUCGCACCUGUUCACCCGAAGAGGCAAUGCCGAGACCACGCGCGUGGGCUUCAAAACUGCGGCGCGGGCCCUCUGGCGCCAGGAUGCGCCGCUCGCGGCCCGCCUUAUUGCAUCGUGCCCUGACCUCUCCGCCCACCUGGUGAUCGACCAUGGCUCGGUUCGCGUGGCGGGCGCCAGGGCCUUCGCCGAGGCCUUCGGCUCGGCCGCGGCGAAGGCGCAUGCCAUGCGCGGGCUGGCGGCCGAGGCCGCUGCGCGGAGGUCCAACGACCGCGACAGCCCCGCCUGGCGCCGCGUGGUGGUCAGCGACUCCGCGGGCAUGACGGGCGUUGUGGCUGAGUACUGGGGCAAGAUCUUCGAGCGCGCGCCGACCGUGGAGCAGAAGCUGCGACUCAACCAGUUCCUUGCUCGCUUUGCCCCGCAGCUUCCCGUGGUGGAGCUUCCUCAGCCGUCGCUGCGCGCACUGGGGCGCGCCGCGGCGCGGGCCCCGCCAAGCGCUCCUGGGCCCGACCAACUCCCAUGCGCAGCGUGGCGUCGCAGCCCUGGUGCACUACUGCAUCUCCAUGCUUUGAUGGAGCAGCUUUUCAACGAGGGCGUUGGGCCGCAUGACCUCAACUGGUCGAUCUUCCUCUGCGCGCCGCAGGGGGCGGAGGAAGAGGGCACGCCCGACUCGUGCACUCGAACGGCCUCUAUUGUGCGCACGCUCUCCCUCAAGAAUGCGGACGCCAAGCUCAUUGCCUCCUGCGCGGAUCGCGCUCUGCAGCCCGCUGCCUCCGUUGCGACGGAAGGGGUGCAAAAGGGCUUCACCGCUGGGCGCCGCUUCGUGGACCGCGUCCCGUUCCUGGACGCGGAGUGCCGCCGCGAGGGUCUCCUCCCUGGCGCCGCUCAGCGUCGCCCGAUGCUGCUCUCCUUCGACUUCGGACAGGAUUUCCCGUCCCUCUUCCGCGACGUGAUCGACAUCGCGCUGCCGAAGUACGGCGUCCCUUUGGGCUUCUGCAGUGUGAUCUCGGCGUUGCACUGCAACUGUCUCGCCUUCAGCUCCUUCCGGGUCUCGGGGGGCAGUGCGGCGAUGGAGCCGCUCUUUGCCUUGUGGUGCGGCAUCGUGCAGGGGUGCUCCCUCUCGGGCACGGUCUGGCGCCUGGGUAUGGAUGCCCCGAGCCGCGCUCUGAUCAAGGCGCUGGGAGACCACCAGAAGGACAUUGAGUUCGCAUUCAACCUGCAGCUUGCGAUCCACAAGUGCGCGCUGGCCCCGCUCUGGGCCGAGGUCGCGCCCAACCUGAUCAAUGACACCGAGGAGUACCUGACCGAGAUGGUCCCGAGCUGGACGGGUUUCCGCGUCGACCCCUCGGCCAGGUAUCUGGGCACGCGCAUCGGUCCUGGCAUCUCGGAGCAGGGCAUUUGGAAGGAUGCGGCGGCGAAAUGGUGGUCACGGGCUGCGGAGAUGAGCCGCGCGGGCAUGGCGCCCAGCCUUGCCGCCCGCGCCUACAACGUCAACGCGCUUCCAUGCCUCUCCUACCUGGCCCAGUUCUUUUUCAUCAUCCCCGAGAUCUGGCGGGUCGAGUUCACGAUGCUUCACCGCCUCCUGCGCCUCCCGCCGUCGGCCAUGCGCAAGGCGGACAUCCUCUCCAUGGGUGCUUGGUGCGCCCCCCCUGCUCCGAUGGGCCUGCUGCCGCACUCGGUCGGCGCGCCCUUCCGCGCUGCGGCUCACGCUGCGCGCGACUGGGCGCCCACGUUGCACGCCCUGCACGACGCGGCGGUCGAGGGCCUCCCGCUGGCGAGCGUCCUGAAGGGCUCGCGGUCGCCGACCUGGUGGGCCACCAAGCGUUCCAUCGUCCAGAACUACGGCCUCGUGAUGGAUCUGAGCGGCGCCUUGCCGCACCCGCGCCCUGCGUGUGACGAGGUGCCCGCCCCUGUGCCGACGUCCCUCAUCGAGGUCAAGCGCCAGGCCGUGGCGAUGCGCACCAUCCGCGACGGCCUCUACGAGGAACGCCUCGACCAGCUGAUCGGCCGCCGUCUGCGGCGCUGGGGCUCGGAGAUGCCCGCCGAUGAGCUGCGCGGCCGUUGGCUGGAGCUCCGCGCCGAGCUGCGCGCAGCUCGCCCCGCCUGGAUGUGGUCGCGGCUGCGCACCGUCACCAACGGCUUGAUCACGUCGGGCAGGAUGCACAUUAUAGCGCCCCGCCCUUGCAUCAUGCGCUGCGAGGCGCGGGACGACCUAUCGCACUACAUGGCGUGCCCGGUGCUCCGCGGCGCGGUCGCAGCGCCAGCGGAGGCGAGUGAGCUGGGCAGCGGCGCCACGUUCCUCGGGCUACGCCACCUGAGUGAGCACCGU